ACAAUUGCUGCACCUGCUCCAUUCUCUGUAGAAACAAGCUGCCAGUGUAAAGCUCCCCAUGAGAAGCUAACCAUUGCUCAGGCCCACAUAGGAACACCAGUUGACCGACCUGUCAGGGUGUAUGCAGAUGGAAUAUUUGAUCUUUUCCACUCAGGUCAUGCAAGAGCCCUUAUGCAAGCGAAAAACCUGUUCCCAAACAGUUACCUGCUAGUGGGAGUUUGCAGUGAUGAACUAACCCACAAGUACAAAGGUUUUACGGUAAUGACUGAGAGUGAGCGCUACGAGGCUUUGCGUCACUGUCGCUAUGUGGAUGAAGUGAUUACUGAUGCCCCAUGGACUCUUACACCAGAAUUCUUAGAGAAGCAUAAGAUUGAUUUUGUGGCUCAUGAUGACAUCCCAUAUUCAUCAGCUGGCUCUGAUGAUGUAUACAAGCACAUAAAGGAGGCAGGCAUGUUUGUACCAACACAGAGGACAGAAGGUAUUUCAACGUCGGACAUAAUCACUAGAAUCGUCCGUGAUUAUGAUGUUUAUGCCAGACGCAACCUCCAGAGAGGAUAUAUGCAAAAGAGCUAAAUGUUAGUUUCAUAAAUGAAAAAAAAUACAGGUUUCAAAACCAAGUGGACAAAAUGAAAGAAAAGGUGAAAACUGUGGAAGAAAGAUCAAAAGAAUUUGUCUACAAGGUGGAAGAAAGGAGCCAUGACCUAAUCCAAAAGUGGGAAGAAAAAUCUAGAGAGUUCAUCGGGAAUUUUUUGGAGUUGUUUGGUCCUGAUGGCGCCUGGAAGCAGAUGUUUCAGGAGCGCAGUGGGCGGAUGCUGCAAGCACUCUCUCCAAGACAAAGUCCUACCAGUAGUCCCACGCGAGAACGUUCACCCUCUCGUUCCCCAUCACCACCUUUACCAUGGAUGCUGAAUAAACCCUCUCCUCCUUUAUCCCCCAAAGGUGCUGCAUCCGCCUCUAUCUCUAUCAGCAGCAUGAGUGAGGGAGAUGAAGAUGAGAAGUAA